AUGCGUACGACACAGCCCUACCAUCUCUCCAUGAAGACCCAGCAAAAACAUGUGCUUGCAGCAACUAAACUACAAGAUCAUGUUGAUGAAGUAGAGAAAUGGCUAAACAACUGGCGGGCGAAUCAAAGUAAAUCUAUUCACGUAACUUUCACUCUCAGAAAACAGACCGUGUACAAUGAGGAUAUUCCCCAAACUGAGGACGCGAAAUAUCUUGGAAUACAUCUAGAUUCUAGAUCGAAGGCUUAUUUGGAAAAAGCAAAUCUGGAUCAAGCGCAAACAGCUGGACACAAAAUCAAAAUAGCAGCA